AUGGCGGGCGAGCCGUACAAAGCCGUCCACCAGGCCGACCACCCGAAUAAUGAGCCCGGCUACGUGCCACCCCCGUUUUUGGCGCCAGCCGAGGAGGACGAGCCUACUUCCGACUCGAAGACCCAGAAGCUGAUGGCGCGGCCCCUGGAACUCGACCACUCGCUGACGGAAGACUUCGAAAUCAACAGCAUAGGCCAAUUCAUACAUGUCUACUGUAAUACGACGGAAACGGCGGAUAAUUUCUGCCUUGACGUCAAGAAACAGGAAGACUCGCUGAUGAAGGUGUGCGCGGAUUUCACGAAUGCGACUGAACGAGGCGCCCAUACGCUGAUCGAAUACAAGGGAAAAGAAGGGCAAACGAUCAAGAGCUACUCGUUGAAUCCGUUUGAUAGGAACGGCACUGUUGACCUGCGCUUGAGAGUCCUUGGAAAACACGUCCAGACCCUCACCGCCACGCUGAAGGGCGACAUCCGGCAAGUGCGCUUGUUCAGAGUCGUCGGCGAUCAAUACGACAAUCCCUACGAGCGCGACCUGGUCUUCCAAGAGCACAACAGGCUGGACAUCACCCUCCAACCACUUAUGACCUUGACCGACAUCUCGCAAAUCUCGGGAAUCUACGGUGACGGUGCCCUGGCCGAUCAGGAGCAGAUUGCUUCCAGUAGACGCCAACCUAACCCGAGUAAAGAGAAAGAGCAGCUCUACCAGCGGGCGUGGCGGCUCGUCAUCGAGGUCUUCAGGCUCCUCAUCCAGCGGCAGAUCAUCGACCUCAUACUCGAGCUCGAGCAGCAGCUGGGGAACAAGUGGGAACUUUCUGUUUUUAAAGUUAUUUCGUAUUUUUCAGGUCGCAGCACCAGCGGCUACCACUACAAAAAAUACUAUCGCCAGAACUACUACAUCUACAAGGACCGGAGAGUCGGCGGCCCGGUGCCGAUCCAUCCGUAUUCCGGCCCGGCCAGUUAUAGCUAUCGCGCGAAUGGCAUGACUUAUUAUACAUCAACUCCAAAUUGCCCGAAUGGCUGUGAGACUAGGCCAAAGAUACCGAUGCCGAAAGUGAAAAGAAUCGAUGUGCUGUUCAAGGACAGCGAGGGCAUUCCGACUUUUACGCUAUCUCUACGCUGGGAGGAAAAUGCGGUCGUCGUCAACACCUACCAAAAGGUCUGGGUGUUCCCGAAUAAAUGGGCCGACGAUGAGAUCCGCGUUCACCCGAUCCCCGUCGAGGAUUGGAGGCUGUUUGACCUUUCCAUCGUCCACGACGGCUCCCAGCUGAUCAUCUACUUUGACGGGCAGCGCUUCAUGGAUUUCGAGCAUCGCGAUCGGAGCAAAGUCCUCGAAAAAGUGCUCAUCCAAGGCGAUUGCGAGAUCCUCCGCGUCGCCAAGGACGGGCAACCCGUA